CAACACUGCCGACUACGUAACGAUUCAGUUUUAAGCGUCCAGUCUUCAGGAUUUGUCUAAACGAUAUAUCACUUUGCUUUGACCGCGUGACGAAACAUUUACUUUUGUGACACUUAUUGUUUCUGCAAAAAUAACGUCAAGCACAAAAAGAUAAUUUUUGUAUACAUUUACUCCGUCUAAAACAUUUUUACGGAAAAAAAAGCAAAAUGUUACUUAUAGGAUUAAUAACUGCUAUUGUGGUUGCUCUGUGUUCUGUAUAUAUUUAUUACAAGUUUGUGGUGUUUACUUUUUGGCGCAAAAAAGGUGUAUUUUACAUCGAUCCCGUUGUACCAGCUGGUAAUGUGACAUCUUUAAUAAUUGGAAAAAUAUCAGUAGGCGAACUAUUUCGCGACAUUUACUUGAAAUAUAAAGACCAUCGCGCUAUCGGAACGUACACAUUUUUCAAGCCGAACCUUGUGAUUGCCGAUCUCGAUCUUGUUCGAAUAGUGCUGACAAAAGAAUUUGCUAGUUUUCAUGAUCGAGGCUUUUACAGCAACGAAAAAGUUGACCCAUUAUCCGGUCAUUUAUUUUUAUUGCCUGGGAAAAAAUGGAGAAAUUUGCGCGUCAAGUUGACACCUACAUUUACUUCGGGAAAACUCAAACAGAUGUUUGAAAUUCUGAAAGAAUGCGGCGAAGAAUUCGGGAAAUCUUUAGAAAAAAUUGCCAAGACCGGAGAGAGCAUCGAGAUAAAAGAAAUAUUUGCAAGAUAUACAACAGACAUAAUUAUGUCAGCGGCUUUCGGAAUUAAAUCCAACUGCAUGGAAAAAGUAGACAAUGAAUUUCGAUAUUAUGGAAGGAAAGUUCUCGAUCAAAGUGCUCUAAAAAAUGCCAUUUUUGCGUUUGCACCUCAAAUUGCCGACUUUUUCUCUUUACCUUUUUUUGAUCGAAACACUACAAAUUUUUUUAUAAAUAUGUUUCGGGAUAAUGUGCAAUACAGACAAACUCACAAUGUUGUCAGACAUGAUUUUAUGAAUCUACUUAUACAACUUAUGGAGAAAGGCUACGUCGCGCCUGACGAAGAGGGAGAUACCGCCAAUGCGCCUUCGGCUACGAAUAAAAUUUCUAUGUUAGAAGCGACUGCGCAAGCUUUCGUUUUCUUUGUUGCUGGCUUCGAAACUUCUUCAACUACGGCGACAUACUGUUUGUACGAAUUAGCGCUAAAUCAGGAUAUGCAAAAUAAACUUCGUCAAGAAAUUGAUGAAGUCUUGAAAAAACACGGCGAAGUGACUUACAACGCUGUAAACGACAUGACGUAUCUUCAUAAAGUAGUAUCUGAAACUCUUAGGAAAUAUCCACCUGUGCCAAUGCUGAAUCGCAUCUGCACCAAAGCCUUAGACCUUCCAACAACGAAUAUUCACAUACCAGAAGGAACUUUAAUUACUAUACCGGUGCUUGGCAUACAGCGAGAUCCGGCGAUAUAUCCGGAUCCGGACAAGUUUGAUCCCGAACGAUUCAGCGCGGAUGAGAUAGCGGCUAGACAUCCGUACGCUUACUUGCCAUUUGGAGAAGGACCACGAGUUUGUAUCGGUACACGGUUUGGCUAUAUGCAGACAAAAGUUGGAAUCUUAAAUAUCUUAUCAAAGUUCAAGGUUAAACUUCACUCACGGACGCCGGUGCCACUUAUCAUCGAUGAAGCGCCCAUUAUACUUACGCCCAAAGGCGGUGUACAUCUCAUCAUUGAGCCGCGAUAAUAUUGUUAUAAGCUCUUUAAAACCGCGUUUAAAGACGUCUAGUACCAACUUUGAAAUGUUAAGAAUUAAAUACGAAUUUUACAUAUUGGUCUCAUAUAUAUUCGAUUCACUGUAGCAAAGAUAAUAAGCAUAUCAGUUUGCAAAGAGUUUACUUAUAACUUUAAUGUGUGACUGCGUUAAUUCAAGUAACUAGAUCAAAUAAAUAAAAUGAUAGGAACUAGUUUAAACUUUGAAGAAAAUGAAAUUAGAUAUAGAAGAAAUAUUUUCUUAAAUACUUUGACCAAAUGCUAGAUAGUUCGAAAGAUAAUAAAUAUAAUUUGUAUUGUUAUCUAAAUGACGCGUGAUUUUUUCUGUGAAAACGCGUAACAAUAUGGCACUGUUAGUAUUUAAACGUAAAUAAACAAUACAAAAAUACAAAACUACAAAACAAUAAAUAAAAACUACAUAAAAAAUAAAAACUUACAUUUCUGCAUUUUAAUUAUGAAUACCGAUAAGAUUCUGCGUAAUUUUUAUAACUCAAACUACACAAGAAAAGCGUAUAUUAGUCAAUAAUCGAAUGUCAGCUACUUUUUGCUACGAAUGUACAUACAAACAUCCUCAAUCGCGUAGAUCACUUCUAUUUCUUUUAUUGUCAAUGUCGCAUUGUGCAUACGACUACAAUGUUACGCAAACCUAAAUAUAGAUACAACAAUCUAAAUAGUUUUAAAGUAGAAUGAUUUUAAUUUGUAGUGCUAAACUCAAAUUGGUUUGUUAUUGUAUGCAAUGUACGAGAUUUAUGUUGCUACUUGUCUAUUUACAUUUUGCGAAGUAAGAAACUGAUUUUUAUACAAAAAUGUAUAAUAAGAUUUUUCUUGUCUAAACAUCAUCUGUUAAUCGAAUUACCUUGAUUACUUGUCAUUUUGUCAACGUGCUAUAAUAAAGUUAUUGUUGCCGAUUA